AACAAACAAACAGUACAUUGUUUGACUUAAAUUACAUCUCAAAACUCAAUAAACUGGUGACAGUAGUGAAAUUUUAGUAAAAUGUCAAAUAUACCUCCCGAACUCCAAAGAAAUGAAAAGCCUAUUCCGAAAGAAGCAAUGAAAUUCUUAAAGUUGUCGCCAUCAGUGAAAGUGAUGUCUCUGAAGAAAAGCAGCACAACUUCUUGUAGAGUGAGACCUUCUCAGGCAGGAUUGAACAACGACCCUCUGGCCGGGGGCAGUGAGGAACCUCCGAUUAGAAUGAGACAGUUGCACAAGGAUAGAAAGAUGAUAUCCGUGUUAUCAGCCAAAUCUGGUAAAGAGGCCAGGAGACAGUUUAUAGAGAGAAGUGACAGUGAGAUUGGUGAAAGACAAAAUUCUUGGAAGGAUGAGGACAAUGUUGACAUGAAAUCUGGUGCUAAAGAGAAACCAAAACACUGGUAUGGGCGGUGGAUGGAUGCUCUUCUUUCAGCAGUAAAAUGAGAAGAAAAAUGAUUCCGAUGAAAAAUAAAGCCAAGUACAGUAUCACAAGAUUUCAUAUUUCACCAUCAUGUGUAAUUAUCAGAUUAAGCUGUGUAUAUUCAAUGGUAUUAAAUUUGUAACCAUACAUUGUCAUGUUA